AUGGAGCCUGAAUGGGCUACCGUGGUCAAGCACAGCAGUGCUUGCUCGCGCAAGCUUGGUCGGCCACAGCUGACGCGCGUUCAGCGGUCGCAGCAGCAGACGGGACCAGAGGUCUUUCCGCCUAUGCCUCGUAGAGGACGUCGUCGUCGACGCCGAAGAGCGGCAGCCGUAGCCAUCGGACGGGCUCAGGACAGCAAUAUCCCUUAUGCGGAUAUUAUGCGAGCCGCUAAGGACAAGGUAUCCUUGAAGGAACUCGGGAUCUCGAACACGCGGGUACAACGCGACGUUGGAGGCGGAAUACUUGUGGAGAUCCCGGGCCCUGAAGGAGCAGUUAAAGCGGAGCGUCUCGUUUCCGCUCUGACUCCGGUAUUAGAGGGAAAAGCGGUGGUCACACGUCCGGUACAGCAGGGCGAGCUCCGCCUAACAGGCUUGGAUGCCAGCAUAGAUGUCUCUGAAAUAAAAGAGGCCAUUGCGUCGGAGGAUUUUUGA